AUGAAUAUCACCGAUCCCCGGAUUGGUUCAGGGAGGGAUAAUAACACAUCUCCAGGGUUUUCGCGCAUUGCUUCUGGGACAAACUCACCAUCGGUGACCGGCCUCUUAUCGACCAUAAUACCGGUCGGAAUCUGGACUGCGGUCUCUGUACUCAUCUUCCUCGUUCUGCGCCGCAGGUGCCAUCGAGUUUAUGCACCGAGAGCACUGCUGAAAAGUCUUGAACCACACGAGAGGAGCGCACUCCUCCCAACAGGAUGGUUCAACUGGUACACCUCGUUUUAUCGAGUUCCGGACAGAUUUGUUCUUAAUCAUUCGUCUAUUGAUGGCUAUCUUUUUCUCCGAUUCCUGCGAGUACUGGCGGUGAUCUGCAUCGUGGGAAUACUUCUGCUAUGGCCAACUCUUAUCCCAUUGCACAUCACUGGUGGCGCGGGAAACAAAGCAUUGGACGCUUUGACCAUGGGUAACGUGGUCAGCGGGAGACGUCUUUACGCGCAUGCUGCACUCGCCUGGGCUUACUUUGCUUUCAUCUUAUACAUGGUCUCGCGAGAAUGCGUAUAUUUCAUCAAUCUUCGACAGGCGUACCUCCUGUCGGAUUUCUACGCCAAUCGAUUAUCGUCCCGCACGGUAUUAUAUCUGAACGUUCCACGACAGUACCUCGACGAGGAUAGGCUUCGAUGGGUACUUGGUAAAUCUGUUAAAAGGAUAUGGAUCCCCCAAAUCACCGACGAGUUGGACAGGCUGAUCAAAGAACGAGAUCAGACAGCAUUACGACUGGAACAGGCAGAAUUCGCUCUUAUUCGAAUGGCAAACAUUGCUAGGACUCGAGCGUUAAAGAAGCACAAGAGUGAUGGCGUAGAAAAAGUACAGCACCCUCCGUUUGACUUCGAGUCUACUGCAAAGGGUGGUCCUCCCGAGACGAAAGCCAUCCAGUUUAUGGAAAGCCCGGACUCACCAUCAAGCGCGUCUACGUCAGCUCGUGAGCCAACUCUGCCUGAUGUGGCGGGAUCAGUUGCUGCCCAGUGGAUAUCGCAUAGCUCUCGUCCACGCCAUCGACCCAUCGCCAAUGCUUUGAGAAGCGUUGAUACUAUCAAAUUUUCACGAACCCAGAUCAAGAAGCUCAACUCCAAGAUUCGACAUGAGCGGCAGGCGCAAUUGUUCAAAACGGACAAUUUCAUGCCCGCUGUAUUCGUGGAGUUUGAGACUCUUACGGAUGCUCAAGAUGCCUUUCAGACCCUGACCCACCAUCGCCCGCUCCACAUGGCACAUCGCUACCUCGGUGUCCGACCUUAUGAAAUCAUAUGGAGCUCACUCUCGAUGUCCUGGUGGGAGACGAUCCUACGAAAAUUUUCCAUUCAAGCAUUCAUCUGUGCUCUGAUCAUAUUCUGGGCGUUGCCUUGUGCGGCAGUUGGUUUUAUUUCCAACAUCCAAUCCCUAUCAGAAUCAGUUAGCUUUCUGAGCUGGCUGCAAAAGCUCCCUAGUGCCAUCAAGGGUGUUCUCAGCGGAGUGCUUCCCGCGCUUGCAUUGUCUUUUUUGAUGAGCAUCGUGCCAGGGAUUUUGAGAUUCCUCGCUCGGUUGGCUGGAUUACCAACUCUCACUAAGAUUGAGCUUUUUGUCCAGAACGCAUAUUUCGCCUUCCAAGUCGUCCAAGUCUUCCUGAUAACAACCUUGACCUCUGCCGCCUCUGCUGCCCUUGGUGAAUUACUACAAGAUCCAACGCUUGUGAAGAAUCUCCUCGCACAGAAUUUACCAAAGGCUUCCAACUUCUACCUCAACUACUUCCUUCUUCAAGGUCUCUUCUUUGGAUCUGCCCAUCUGGUCCAGGUCUUCAACCUAUUCAAAUUCCAUGUUUUCCAGCGCUUCGCCAAAGAUGCCAGGAAAACUUAUGUCAAAUGGCAUCGGCUUGAAAAGAUUCAUUGGGGAGGAGUGUAUCCUGUGUACACCAAUCUUGGGGUGAUUACGAUCACUUACUCCUUGAUUGCACCAGUCAUCCUCGGAUUCGCGCUUCUCGGUGUUGCUUUCCUGCAUGCUGUGUGGCGAUACAACCUCAUCUAUGUCUAUGAUUCGGAAAUAGAUACUCGUGGGUUGGUCUACCCUCGAGCAUUGAUGCAAUUACUUUUAGGGCUUUACUUUGCUGAGGUCUGUCUCUUCGGCUUAUUCUCGCUCCGAGGAGCUUUUGGUCCGGUUGUAAUGAUAGCCGCUUUAUUGGUGAUAACUGGACUGGUACACCAUUCAUUAAUUAAUGCACUGGGGCCCCUUCUUUGGAGCCUACCAAAGAGUCUUACCGUGGAACGAGAUCAACCGAUGCGGACUCCGGGUCUGGCUGGACCUGGAUACGACGCUGAAGAUCCUGAACGUUUUGGUCGCCCUGAGCGGCAAAAUAAUGAUAUACAGGAGCAAGAUUCGGACGACGAGGUACAACAUGAAAUUGGAGCUGACAGGGCUGUGGAAGGUCUUGACGGUGUUGCAGACACGCUUAAGGGGGGUUUUAAGGUUUCAAUGAAGAAGAGGAUCGAUGCAAGUCUUCCAGAGCUCAACGUGGGACUUGGUGCGCUCGCCUCUUUCUGGAGACGAUGGCUGUCGCCGGAACCCAAUACAAAAUCGAAUUUCUUACUUCGGUUUCUUCAUCCAGAGGUGUACUCCGACUACACUGUGCUGAGGCGAAUGGUGCCCACGGAUUUGCCAGAGCCAAAAUACCCGGAAGAACUUGAGAAGGACAUCUACUAUCCGCCGUCACACUUUGCGAAGCCACCGUGUCUAUGGAUACCGCGAGACCCGGCCGGCGUGAGUCGACAAGAAGUCGCGCACACCGAAAAGGCGAUCCCCAUGACUGAUGAACAUGUGAGCAUGGAUGAACAUGGACGACUGAAGAUCGAUCUGGAAACCAGUCGACUUGUCUUCGACAUUGAUCGACUGAGAUAUUGA